AGCGAUCUUCCUCUGCUCGGGGUGCAAAUCCGCCUUUCUGCGCUCAGACCGGAGUGGGGACAUGCCGUCUGGAGAGUACGACGAUUCCAAGCCCAGCUGGGCCGAUCAAGUCGAAGAGGAGGGUGAUGAAGGUACCCUCCCUCCACCUAGAGAGAUUCUUAAAGGAAACACCAAAACGAUCAUCGAGUACAAGGUGGACGAAGAUGGCACGAAGUGUAAGAUUAUCCGCACCUUCAAAAUCGAAACGAGGAAAGCUUCUAAAGCGGUCGCCAGGAGAAAGAACUGGAAAAAGUUUGGGCUGUCUGAAUUUGAUGCGCCUGGCCCCAAUGUGGCCACCACCACAGUGAGUGACGAUGUCUACAUGACCUUCAUUUCAAGCAAAGAGGAUCUUAAUAGCCAAGAAGAGGAGGACCCCAUGAACAAGCUGAAGGGGCAGAAGAUCGUGUCGUGUCGUAUCUGUAAAGGGGAUCACUGGACCACGCGCUGCCCCUACAAGGACACGCUGGGGCCCAUGCAGAAAGAGCUGGCCGAGCAGCUUGGCCUGACCACCGGCGACAAGGAGAAGACUUCAGAGCCUGAACCAGCACAGCCGGCCCAGAGCAAGACUGGGAAGUACGUUCCUCCCAGCCUUCGAGAUGGAGCGACCCGGAGAGGGGAGUCCAUGCAACCCAAUCGCAGAGCUGAUGACAACGCAACCAUCCGUGUCACUAACCUGUCUGAGGACACGCGCGAGACAGACUUGCAGGAGCUCUUCCGGCCUUUCGGAUCCAUCUCCAGGAUUUACUUGGCUAAGGACAAGAACACGGGCCAGUCCAAGGGGUUUGCGUUCAUCAGUUUUCAUCGGCGCGAAGAUGCUGCCAGAGCCAUUGCUGGAGUUUCGGGCUUCGGUUAUGAUCACUUGAUCCUCAACGUUGAAUGGGCCAAACCUUCCAACAACUAGAACUGAAGAAUUCAGCCGUUCCAAGGAUAAGAGUUGUUAAUAAAAUUAAAUACAAAUAAACAAAGUUCAUUGCAA